AUGCCGACCCUGCUGCAAGUAGGGUUGUUCCUAACGCUCGGUGCUCUUGCACAGGUGUCAGCAGAGUGUUGUUCAUCUGGAGAACAAUCAGACUUCUGCAUCGUUUUCAAUAUGCUAUCACCAAUGGAGCAAGCGGAGGUCAUGAGUUACUUAGGAGAAACAUGCAACGGAGAUGCUGACGAAGCUCUGAGGCUCAUGGAGAAGCGAAAACCGAACUUCAUGCGUUAUGGUAGAAGCAUCACAUUCGGAAAGAAAGGCUCAGAUCCCAACUUCCUGCGAUUCGGGCGAAAUCAACCUAGUUUCCUCAGAUUUGGCAAAGCCGCCGGAGAUCCGAAUUUCCUUCGUUUUGGACGAGCCACAGCCGAUCCGAACUUCCUACGAUUUGGCAAACGCUCAGUAGACCCCAACUUCUUGCGAUUUGGUCGUAAACCAAACUUUCUUCGCUUCGGAAAGUAG